UCUCUCUCUCUCUCUCUCUCUCUCUCUAUAUAUAUAUAUAUAUAUUUAUUCCCAUGCAGUUCAACCACCACUUCCCUAUAACUUGCUAAGAAGAUACAGCAACAACAACAACAACAACUUAACUCAAUGGAGUCUCCCCUUCUCCUGCUGCUCACCUUCCUCUUCUUAGGGGCAUUGUGGGCUAGUUCGGCGGCGGCGGCGGCAAUUGUGUUCACUUUACACAACAGCUGCCCCUCCACGGUGUGGCCGGGCACGUUGUCGGGAAACGGCGCGGCCGUCCUGGGCGGCGGCGGCUUUGAGCUCCCCUCGGAAGCCACCGCCUCCUUCUCCGCCCCUCCCGGGUGGUCCGGCCGCUUCUGGGCCCGCACGCACUGCAACUUCUCUGCGUCCUCCUCCUCCUCGUCGUCUUGUGCCACCGGCGAUUGCAGCGGCGCCCUCCGUUGCACCCUUGGCGGUGCCACCCCCGUCACUCUAGCCGAGUUCACCCUCGCGCCCGCCUCCGGAGGCCAAGACUUUUACGAUGUUAGCCUGGUCGACGGCUACAACGUGGGCAUAGGUAUAACAGCAAUGCCGCCACCCCAUGCGGCGGCGGCAGCAAAGGUCGAAAGCGGUGCUAACACGACGGUGUGCGGGUACGCGGGGUGCUUGGGGGACGUGAACGAGCAGUGCCCGCCGGAGCUGCGGGUCACGUUGCCGACACUGUCAACCUCCGGGGCGGCGACGAAGGUGGUGGCGUGCAGGAGCGCGUGCGCGGCGUUCGGGGCUGCGGAGUACUGCUGCACCGGCGCCUACGGGGACCCCAGCACCUGCAGGCCCACGAAAUACUCCCGGAUCUUCAAGAUGGCGUGCCCGGCGGCAUACAGCUACGCCUACGACGACCCCACCAGCACCUUCACCUGCCCCGCCGGCGCUCGGUAUCUCAUCACCUUUUGCCCCACAUCAAAAACACCGUCGACAACAACUCGCACCGGCCGAUCAUAGUAACAAUGAUUCUAUAUUAUGAGAAAAUUAGUUAUUGAUAUUAGUCGCAUUCAGCUUAGCAUUCCAUCUUUACUUUCAAUCUGUAUUUUAUUUUUAAAAAUAUAAUAGUAAUUUAGUUUAUUUUGGGUCGACUUUCAUAUUAAUAUUAAUUGUUCUUAUAAUAAAAUCGUUGAUUCGUGGA